GGAACUUGCCUGCAGGAGCCAUUCCGGUUCCACUGGCCAUGGCUGCGUUGGGAACCUCGGGGUGCUUUUGGGGCGGCAGGGUGGCCGCGGUGUCUCUGUUUCCUCGGUGUCCGCGGGCUCUCCGCCUCUCCUGGGGACGGCGGGGCUUUUGCCAAGACCCAGGAGCUGAAGAGAAGAAAUCUGGCGUUUCAAAGCCUUCCUUUACAGAUGAAAAUGUUCAGAAUUUGCUCUACAAGAUAACAGGGAUGGAUUUGCAGAAGGUUUUUAAGCCACUGAAACAGGAACUUAAACCCCCAACAUACAAGCUUAUGACAGAAGCACAGUUGGAAGAGGCUACAAGGCAAGCUAUCGAGACAGCUAAAGAGAGGCUCAAAAUGCCUCCUGUACUGAGUGAACGAGAACCAAUUAAUGAUGUAUUAUCAGAUGAUAAGAUUCUUGAUGGAGUUGAGUCCCACAAAUACAUCUUUACCGACCUAACAUAUAGUGUCCCACAUCGCGAACGUUUCAUUGUAGUUCGGGAGACAAAUGGACAGUUGCGCAAAGCCACUUGGGAGGAGCGAGACAGGAUGAUACAAAUCUAUUUUCCAAGAGAAGGACGGAAAAUUAGGCCACCAUGUUUAUUCAAUGAUGAAAAUCUUGUGACUGUAUUUCUUCAGGACCGCCAUGUAGAGCUUCUCGAUCACUGCCUUGUACAGUUUGAACCAGAUGCACCUGCCUAUAUCAGAGUUCACCACAGAACAUAUGAAGACAUUGAUAAACAUAGAAAAUAUCAUCUUCUGCGUGGAACAAGACAUUUUGGAGGGAUGGUGUGGUAUCUUGUAAACAGAAAGAGGACAGAUGGAUUGCUAAUAGACAUGAUCCAAAGAGAUUUGAUUGAUGAUGCUGAAAGCUUAAUUACCCUUUAUCACAUGCUUCAUCCUGAGUGUCAGUCUGCUAAAGAAGCACAAGAACAAAACCUCCAAGGAUUAGAUUUAAUUAAGGUUUUUGUGAAGACAGAAUCAGAGAGAGCUGGAUACAUUGAGCUUGAGAUACAGGCUUAUAUAGCAACUUUGCCCAAGUCUGCAGCUUCAUAAAGUUAUUGGAUUAGUUUUCAUCUGUUGUGUCUGGUUAAAAUGUACAUGUUUUAAAAUUAAAUACAUUUUGCUAUAUGGUAUACUGUUAA